UGCCUGCAGACCGACCCACAGCAUUUACAGUAAGUUUUGUUUGCUGGAUGGUACGUUGAUUGGAAGCAUUUAUGAAUCUGUGGAUCGUAUGUGUCGACAGCAUCUCCAGGUACUGAUUGUGUGUCAGACAAGAUGGCAGGAGGAAUCUUCUCCAACUUGGGCAACCUAUGCGAUGUGGAUUGCGGGAAUGUCCACCCCCUGGUGUGUCACCUGUGCCGUGAGCAGUAUAAAUCUCCCCGUUUAUUGGACUGCUAUCACAUCUUUUGUGGCCGGUGCCUGCGAGGUCGGACCAAUGACAACCGCCUCAGCUGCCCCCUCUGCGGAUAUCAAUCAAUAGUAAAAGGAAACAGCGCCCUGCCACCAGAGGAUCGUCUGCUGAAGUUCCUUGUUGACAACAACGCGGAUGCUGAGGAGGCAGUUCAGUGUGCCAACUGUGACCAGGACAGCAACAAAAAGGAGAAGGUGCUGAUGUACUACUGUAACACUUGCAGCCAGCCUCUCUGCGCCGCCUGCAGAGAGCUGACACACAAGGCCAGAAUGUUCUCCCACCAUGACAUCGUAUCUCUGGCCAAACGCACCAAAGCCAAACACAGGAAAUGCUCUCUCCACGAGGAGCCCUACAUACUCUUCUCAACAGAGAAUAAAUCCAUGCUUUGCAUCAAAUGUUUCAGGGACAUGCAAGUAGAGAGUCGGACUCACUGCAUUGACAUUGAAACAGCUUACGCGCAGGGCUGUGAAAUGUUAGACCAGGCUGUGCUGGUGGUGAAGGAGUUGCAGAAUUCGACGGGAGAAGCAAUCCAUCUGCUGAGAGCAAUGAUUGGGGAAGUGGGUCUGAACGUGGAGGAAGAACAAAGUGCAAUCUGUAGUCUGUACAACAGUUUGAAGGAAAAACUAGCAGAGAGGAAGAAGAUUCUGAUGAAAGCAGCUCAGAGUCAACAUGAGGAGAAGGAGAAAGCAUUAAAGGAGCAGUUGUCACACCUUACAGCUCUCCUACCAACGCUUCAGGUCCACCUUGUCACCUGCUCAGCCUUCCUCAGCUCAGCCAACAAGUAUGAGUUUUUGGAUAUGGGCUAUAUGUUCUUGCUUACACAGCAGCUCAUGGAGCGGCUGAAGAGGAUCGUAAAGCUUCCUCAUCGCCUGCGACCGGUGCAGAGCAGCAAAAUCAACACAGAGUAUAGAAGUGAAUUUGCUCGGUGUUUGGAGCCUCUGCUCCAGAUUGGACCACGCUACACUCCUUCUGUCACAGGCUCUACAAGUGUCGUAACAAGGCUCCAGUCCCCUCUCUCUGUAACCUGCCGAUCCCCGUCUCUCAGUGAGAUGCCCUUGGGCUCGGCGUUCGGGCGAAGGCCCACGUCUCACCGCAACAUCUCCACCAAGGUCCUGCUGGCUGAGGGCGGGGACUCGCCCUUCACCGAGCACUGCCGCAACUACGAGAACUCCUACAGGAAUCUCCAGACAGAGAUUCAGAAUCUGAAGGACCAGGUCCAGGAGCUGCACAGAGAUCUGACCAAACACCAUUCCGUCAUCAACACAGAGAAGAUGGGAGAGAUCUUGGACCGGUCGCUGCACGUUGACGGCCAGAUAACUGCUCAGUACUCCACCGUGGAAACCAUGAGAGUCAUGUUUGAAGAGAUCUGGGAUGAAACCUUUCAGAGGGUUUCCAACGAGCAGGAGAUCUAUGACGCCCAGCUUCAUGACCUGAUGCAGCUGAAGCAGGACAACUGUUAUCUAACCACCAUCGCCAGACAGAUCCGCCCCUACAUCUUGUCCAUCGCAAAAGUCAAAGAGAGGCUUGAGCCGAGGUUUCAAGAAUCUAAAGAGCAACUUGAUGACCGCACGGAAACUAUGCUGAAAAUCUACGAAGACAGAAAAACAGCAAAGGAGAAUCAAGAAAGCUCCUCAUUUAUUUUUAUUGACAGUGACAACCACAGUUGCAUCACGGAGCAAGUCAGAGACAAGACAAGCCGCCUCCUGAUGUUGGAGUCGGGGGAGACUUCUGUCAAGGCCAACCGCCCCGGCAGGCAGAAAGGCCCCGUGGAGACAUCCGGCAACAGCGAGAUUCCUUCGUAAACACCUUGUCAUUUGAUUUCUGACCCCCUCCCUCGCAGCUCCAGUGGAACAAUGUGCCUUCACUCAACCGUAACAAGCCCAGGGUGCUAUGCGACUUCCUCAGGUGGUCACAUACAGUACCAGCACAUGACAUUAUCUCCGCAGCAGGGAGCUGUCAACAGCUCCAAGGUGAACCCCUGGAUUGACACUAACUGGAUGUGCAUGAAGGCCAAAGACUCACAGCUGCCAGAAGAAGGUGUUGACAACCUCCUUGUUCAAAGAGGGCAGGUUUGGUGUUAUUUAAGAGCCAGGAACAACCUUACCAAGAGAGCUGAAUCAAUAAUACUUGACCUCUUUGUGUUGUGGAUUUUUUUUUUUGUUGUUGAAGCGAUAACAAUGCUAAGCGGUUGAACAAUCAGCGUUUUUAUUUUAGUUUAUAUUUCACAUCAAGUGUGGAAUUGCUUUUUACCGUAUCUAUUACUUUUGGAAGACAUUUUGGGUAGCUGGAGGAGGUGAAUGAGGAAUGACGACCCGGAUCCGCGUUCCCAGAAGAUCAGCACAUGUGGAACACGGCAGAUGUAAUGAUGUGUGUAUCAAUCAGAGAUCGAGUGCUGAAACGUCUCUUGUGUGUCACUUCAUGCAUGAGGUUUCUGAUAAAAUCAGGAAGUGGGG